AUGUCUUUGCAUUGGACUCGAUCACUGGUUGGUCGAUCCGUGACCUCUAAUAUUUAUCGCCAACAACAAAAACAAUCCUUAAAGCCAAAUCCUUUGACUUGGUCUGUCACCACCAACAACCCACUUUCUCCAUUCUCUGAAUGUGUUUCUAUUCGACAACAAUCAAGACGCUAUGCAACAACAACACCUUCAGCAGGUAACAAUAAGAAGAAGAAUCCUUACUCUGAUACUAUUCUUUUACCCAACACUGGAUUUGCCCUACGAGCUGAUGCCGCCAAAAGGGAACACUUGUUUCGUGAUCGCUGUACCAAAGAUCUAUAUCCAUGGCAGUUGAAAAACAAUCCUGAAGAGUUGUUCAUUCUUCACGACGGCCCUCCUUACGCAAAUGGAAGCGUUCAUUCAGGACAUGCUAUGAAUAAAAUUCUGAAAGAUAUUAUCAAUCGAUACCAUGUACUGAAAGGUCGAAAAGUCUGGUACCGCCCUGGUUGGGAUUGUCAUGGUCUUCCGAUUGAAAUGAAAGCUCUAGAACAACUUCGUAGUAAAGGAACUAUUGCUAUGCUCUCACCUAUUCAAAUCCGAGAUUUGGCCAAAAAGAAAGCACUCAAGGAACUCGAUAUACAACGCAACGCAUUCAAAAGCUGGGGGAUUAUGGGUGAUUGGGAUAAUCCUUAUAGAACACUCGACAAGGAUUAUGAACUUCGACAAUUGGAUGUAUUCAAUGAAAUGGUGAAAAAAGGAUACAUUUAUCGUCAGCUCAAACCGGUCUAUUGGUCACCUUCAUCAAAAUCAGCAUUGGCCGAAUCAGAACUUGAAUAUAACGAUGCCCACAAAUCAAGAUCUAUUCACGUUCGUUUUCCUAUGGUGAAUUUAGCUCCUUCUUUGCAAGAAAAAUGGAAAAAUCAUUUGAAUCAAUUAUAUGCUGUUAUCUGGACGACCACUCCUUGGACCAUCCCAUCGAAUAAGGCUGUAGCUGUACAUCCUGAUUUGGAAUACUCUUUGGUACGUUUGACAAAUGGGGAUGAUUGUUAUCUCAUUGGAAGUGAUCGUGUGGAUGCCUUUGCUUCUGAAUUGGAUCAAACUGUGCAUGUGCUUGACAAGGUCCCAGGAUCGACUUUAAUUGGAUCGUCUUAUCAACACCCUCUUUGGAAGGACGAUCGACUUAUUAUAGGUGGAAAUCACGUUACUUCCGAUUCUGGUACUGGAUUGGUGCAUACUGCUCCUGGUCAUGGUAUGGAAGAUUAUGAAGUAUGUUCAAAAAUUGGCAUUUCUCCAUUUAUUGGCGAUGAUGGAAAAUUCACAAAAGAAGUAGCAAGCUUAGGAUUGGAAGGAAAAAUGGCAUUCAACGAAGGAACGGCAACUGUGAUAGACUUAUUGGCGAAGGAAUCUGCAUUGAUGUUGGAAAAAGAUUAUAUUCACAAGUAUCCUUAUGAUUGGAGAACAAAACAACCAGUCAUGUUACGUGCCACAGCUCAAUGGUUUGCUAAUGUGGAGCAACUUCAAAUCAAGGCUGUAGAAGCAUUGAAGAACACUCGUAUGAUCCCUGAAGUGUCUCUACGAAGAUUAGAACAGUUCACUCUUUCAAGAAAGGAAUGGUGCAUAUCAAGACAACGAUCGUGGGGUGUACCUAUUCCUGCACUGUAUAACUCGGAAACUGGUGAAGCUUUAUUGACACAAGAAUCUGUACAACAUAUCAUUGACAUUUUCGACAAGAAUGGAUCUACUGAUAUCUGGUGGGAAGCUGAGGAUGAUGAUCUCUUUAUAGCACCAAAAUACAAGGAUGAUGGUAACACUUAUAUUCGUGGAUAUGAUACAAUGGACGUAUGGUUUGAUAGUGGUACUUCGUGGACAAUGAUCAAAGAAUACACUGAAAGAGAUCCAAAAGAUGAAACACCAUUAGCUGAUGUAUGCUUGGAAGGAAGUGAUCAACAUCGUGGAUGGUUUCAAUCUUCUCUAUUGACAUCAAUUGCAUUAACUGGAAAGGCACCUUAUGGUACAUUGAUUACCCAUGGAUUUGCUUUGGAUGAACAAGGACGAAAAAUGUCGAAGAGUAUCGGAAACACAGUGGAACCAGGUUUGAUUACUGAUGGAGGGAAAGAUAAAAAGAAAAACCCGGCCUAUGGUAGUGAUGUUUUACGUAUGUGGGUUGCCAAUUGUGAAUAUUCAAGAGAUGUCUCCAUUGGUCCUACUAUUAUUGCACAAAUGUCUGAAAUUAUGCGCAAAAUUCGAACUACUGCAAGAUUUAUGUUGGGCAAUCUACAUGAUUUCACUUAUAAGGACAAAAUCAAGUAUGAAGAUCUGAAAGAGAUUGACAAAUACAUGCUUCAUGAAUUGUAUCAAUUCAAUCUAGAUGUGAGAGCUGCCUUUGAUGAUUUUGCUUUCAAUAGAGCUAUGCAGCAUGUCCAAAACUUCACUACAAAUCAAUUAUCAGCUUUUUAUUUUGAUGUGAUCAAAGAUCGAGUUUAUAAUGAUAGACAAGAUGCAAUAACACGACGAAUGGCUCAAACAGUUUUAUAUGAGAUUCUCAAUACUUACACCCUUGCCUUAUCACCCGUUGUGUGUCAUACAGCCGAAGAAAUUUAUGAACAUUAUCGCUCCAAAACACCAACCCCUGAAUCAUCUAUUUUCAAAAUCGACCAGUGGCAUCCAAAUCAAUUACAACUCUAUUCCGAAUGGAACAAUCCAGAACUGAACACCAAAUGGAUUCUAUUGAAAGAACUUAAAGGACAAGUGAAUCAAGUGUUAGAACAAGCAAGACAAGAAAAGUAA